AUGGAACCAGACACAAAUCAUUUGUCCUUACCUGAACCAUCAGAAAAUCUUAUACCUCUGGAGCCAACCAACUUUUAUCUAUCAUUAUCAGUACAGUCACUACCACUUUUGGAAACAACUGAUAUUAAUCUGUUACUCCCUUAUUCAUCCUUACUAGCACAGUUGCAGGACCUUAUGCAAUUACUUCUGAAAAUAGCUGAUACCAAUCUGCCACUUUCUUAUUCAUCUUUAGUACAAUCACCUGCACUUCUGGAUUCAACUUACGCCAAUUUUUCAAACAAUUUGUCAUUUUUGACUAACUUUAGUAAUGAUCAUCAGCUAUCUAUCGAAAGUGAACAAAGGUCACUGGAGGAAAGAGAUAAUGAAAUUGGAUUUCUGAUACAGAUUUAG